GAAAUUCAAAUUCAAAUGAUGAUGAUAAUGAUGAAUCAAUGAUAACGACAACUUCAACAUCAACAACGAAUUCAGUUGAUCCAACCAUAGUUUCAUCAACAAUCACUGCCGCUACAACUACGACAUUAGCAAAUAAUUAUAUGGGUCCAAAUACUGGAUAUUUACAAUCAUCAUCUGGAUUAUCACAUUCAGCAGAUAAUUAUCUUCAACAAUUCCAUUAUUAUCAAACACAACAACAACAACAACAACGUAUCAAUGCUGCAUCAUCAAUGAUGAAAGGAUCUCAAAUGAUAAAUGAAAAUAAUAAAUCACCACCACCGAUGACAUCAACAACAACAACAACAACAACAAAAUCAACAGAUUUCUCAAUCAAUGCUAUUAUUGGUUCAAAUAAUAAUAGCAACAAUAAUCAUCAACAUUAUUUAAAUCAUCAUCAUCAACGUCCAUCACCUCAACCAGGAUUGACAGCCGAAUUGGCUACUAGUCAACAACAACAACAACAGCAGCUACAACAAUCACAAAUGAAAGGUAUUUUAAAUUUAACGGUCUCAUCAUCAUCAACAUCACCAUCAACAUCAUCAAUGUAUAAUGCAUCAAUACCAAAUCAACCAUUAUCACCAGAUCAGAAUGGAUUUUUUGAUAUGAUUGAUUAUUCUAAGUCAAAUAUUCAUAAUCAUAAUCAUCAUCAUCAUCAUACACAACAGAAAGCAGCACAAAAAGCUGCAGCAAUGCAUGCUGCAUUAAUGUUUAAUACUGCGGCUGCUGCUGCUGCUGCUGCAUCAGCGGCAGGAUAUACAUCAUUUCCAAGUAUUAUGAACAGUGGUCAUCAUCAUCCGGGUGUUGUUUAUCCAAUACAUCCGCAUCAACAACAACAACAACAACAAUCAUUACGACCAUCAAGUCUUUCACCAUCAACAGCAUCCAUAGAUAGUAAUAAUGGACCAAUGGUUAAUCAUAAUUGUGGAUCAUCAACACAACAGCAACAACAACAACAACAACAACAAUUAGCAAUUAUAGUGGAUUCACCAAGAUCAAUAUCAUUUCAUUCACCAUCACCAACAUUAUCAUCAUCAUCAUCAUCAAAUUCAAAAGAUUUGAUUACAACAACACCACCAACAACGACAACUACAACAGCAACAUUGAAAAAUCAAUCGCCAAGAAAUCUGUUAAAUAAAGAUCGAUCAAUAAGUCGUAAUAAUUCACCGGCAACAUCAAAUUCAUCAUCAUCACCAUCAUCGUCAUCUUCAUCAACAUCAUCUACUACUACUACUACAUCAACAAAUAAUCCAUAUGCACCUCUAUUGAAACCAAAAUAUAAUUGUGAAAAUUUAGCAAAAGUUGAAUGUCAUCUUGAGAAUAAAGAAUUAUGGGAUAAAUUUCAUGAACUUGGCACAGAAAUGAUAAUAACAAAAACAGGAAGACGAAUGUUUCCAACAUUACGUUGUUCAUUUUCCGGCAUUGAAACGACAAUCGCAUCAAUGUUGGCCCAUAAUCCACAUCAUCAUCAUCAUAAUCAUCAUCAUCAAAAUGAUGUUCGAUUCUAUGUUUGUAUGGAUAUAAUACCAAUCGAUAAUAAACGUUAUCGUUAUGCAUAUCAUCGUAGUUCAUGGCUAGUUGCCGGUAAAGCAGAUCCACCAUCACCAUCACGUUUAUAUAUACAUCCGGAUACACCGUAUUCAAUUGAACAGCUACGUAAACAAGUGAUCUCAUUUGAAAAGGUUAAAUUGACCAAUAAUGAAAUGGAUAAAAGUGGACAUAUUGUACUGAAUUCAAUGCAUCGUUAUCAACCACGUAUACAUUUGAUAAUAAGAAAAAAUCCACAAUAUUUCAAUAUGCCAAUCACUGAUAUUGAAUCCGAAUUACAUCGUACAUUUAUAUUUCCUGAAACGGUAUUCACAGCCGUUACUGCCUAUCAAAAUCAAUUGAUAACUAAACUAAAAAUUGAUUCCAAUCCAUUUGCAAAAGGAUUCCGUGAUUCUAGCCGUUUAUCCGAUCUUGAUCGUGAAACAAUGGAAUCAAUGAUGACCGAUCAAUGUUUUACGGCUAGAUCAUUUUUUGCUGCAGCUGCAGCUGCUGCCGCCGCUACUGGAUCACCAUUUAGUAUGCCACCAAUACCCGGUUAUCCAGAUAUUACUGAUCCAAGAAUGGCAAAUUUUAUACGUGAACGUAUGCUAUUUGGAUUACCACCAGGUACGGGAAAUCCAGCCAAUUUUUCUGAUAUUGUUGGUCAACAAUUUCCUGUUGGUAGCCAUCCAUUUGCAUCGAAUCCAUCAAUGUUAUGGUCAGUACCAGCAUGUCCACCACCACCACCACCACCACCGCCAUCAUCUGGUGGAAAAGCAACCGGACAACAGCAACAACAACAACAACAGCCACAAUCAUCACCAUCAAUUGAACAAUUACAACAGAUUUAUAUGCAAAAUCCAUGGUAUGCUGCAGCAAUGUUAUCAGGCAAUAAUAAUAAUAAUGGACGCAUUCCACCACCCGAUUCAUCACCUGUUCAUCAAAGCUCAAAUCUAAAUGGAUCAUCAAAUUUUAAUUUAGCUGCAACACAAUUGGCAACGAAUCCACAAUUAUGGGCUGCAUUUGCUGCUGCAUAUGGAAAUGGUCCAACAAUGUCCACCGCUCAACAACAACAACAGCAACCACAAUCACAUCAACCACCACCACCACAACCAUCAACAUCACCAACAUCCAAUCAUCAUCAUCAUUUGGGACCAAUAAUACACAAUAAUAAACAGAUUCCAUCACCGGAUACAUUUUUCACGACAAAAACAAACAUUGAAACAGAAAAAAAAUCAAUAUCACGAAUGUUGGAAUUAUCACCAGAUUCAAAAUCAAUAAAACAAGAAUUGGAUAAUAAUAAUAUAACCACCACGAUGAUUGAUGUAACCAUCAAUAAUUCAUCAACAUCACCGAAACGUUCCACAACAAAUGAAACUGCAUCAGUAGCCUAAAAAAAUUGAUCUUUC